CCGCGUCUGCAGCUGCUGCAAAUCCCAAUAAAGCGAGAGCAGAAAGGAAGGACCCCUUCCACCACUCUCCCCCUGUGUUGUGCCUGUGCUCCUCUCAUCUUUGACUACCCACGAUUCCAGUCUCCCACCACAGGCCAAAACACUGCAACAUUUCAGACUUCACAGUUCACAGUGAGUUCAGACCAAGAACACAAGAAUACCAAAAAGAACAGCACCAAGAACUCUCCUCCAAUCCAUCACAGACAUUUUUCUUCCCUCCAAGAGAGGCAUUGAUCAUCAGAGAGUAGAGCCAGGGCGUGUGUGUGUGUGAUGAGCUCAGUGCUGCUGUUCUUGCUUCUGCUGCUGCUUUCUGGAGUGAGCUUGAGUGGCUGCAUAAGGCUUGGCAAUGGCGGGUAUGAGGAGUGGAGGAUGGGCUCGGCGACCUACAUCAAGGAGUCCCUGGGGCACCCGCUGAAUGAUGGUGGUGGAGCCUGUGGGUACGGCGACCUGGACAUCUUCAGGUACGGGAGGUACACCGCCGGCGUGAGCGGCGCGCUGUUCGGGCGCGGCAGCGCGUGCGGCGGCUGCUACGAGGUGCGGUGCGUGAACCACGUGCUGUGGUGCCUCCGCGGCAGCCCGACGGUGGUGGUGACGGCCACCGACUUCUGCGCGCCCAACCUCGGACUCUCCGACGACUACGGCGGCUGGUGCAACUUCCCCAAGGAGCACUUCGAGAUGUCGGAGGCCGCGUUCCUCCGCGUCGCCAAGGCCAAGGCCGACAUUGUGCCGGUGCAGUUCCGGAGGGUGAGCUGUGACAGGGCAGGGGGGAUGAGGUUCACCAUCACCGGCGGCGCCAGCUUCCUGCAGGUGCUGAUCACGAACGUGGCGGCGGACGGGGAGGUGGCGGCGGUGAAGGUGAAAGGGUCGAGGACCGGGUGGAUCCCGAUGGGGAGGAACUGGGGCCAGAACUGGCAGUGCGACGCCGACCUCCGCGGCCAGCCGCUGUCGUUCGAGGUCACCGGCGGGAGGGGCCGCACGGUCGUCGCCUACAGCGUCGCGCCGCCGGACUGGAUGUUCGCGCAGACCUUCGAAGGCAAGCAGUUCGUCGAGUAGGUGUCGACGAUGUGGGUGUCAUUCUUGGAAUGAUUGUAAUUAUUAUGGUUAUAAUUAUAUUAUACAGGUGAAAAACAACUGUUUUGGUUUGGUUUUGGUUUGGAUGUUGUUGUUUGAUCUGCUCAGCAUGGCAAACGAAAUUAUUAUAGAGUUAAUCAGUUAAUGAAGGAUUGACAAAAAAAAUGUUUGGCUAA